UAGUAUUAUUUCUCGUUUUGCAAGUUUGUGUUGUGGUUCAUUUUACGUGUCGCAAUGGCUCCUCCGAAAAGCGCUGGUAAAGCUGUCAAGAAGGCCGGUAAAGCCCAGAAGAACAUCAAGAAAGACGAUGGCAAAAAGAAGCACAAGAAAAGGAAAGAAUCCUAUGCUAUCUACAUUUACAAAGUCUUGAAGCAAGUCCAUCCUGACACUGGUGUCAGCUCGAAGGCGAUGAGCAUCAUGAACUCGUUCGUCAACGACAUUUUCGAAAGAAUUGCCGCUGAAUCGAGCCGUUUAGCUCAUUACAACAAGCGUUCCACCAUCACCAGUCGGGAGGUUCAGACCGCUGUCCGUCUUCUUUUACCUGGUGAAUUGGCCAAGCACGCUGUUUCCGAAGGUACGAAAGCCGUCACCAAAUACACCAGUUCGAAGUAAAACCCCGUCGUAUUAUUAAAACGGCCCUUUUCAGGGCCACCAAUUAUUAUUUCUUCGCAUUAGUGAAUUGAACACAGUGUUGCCAAUUUAGCGGUUUUCAAGCUAUUCCUAGCGAUUUUGAACAUAGAAAACCGCCAAAAAAUGUCCAUCUAGCGGCUAGCGGGAAGUCUAGCGUUUUUGACUUCAUGGCCACUUUUACCAUUUUAACUCACAAAUUCAGCAUUUCAGCUAAAAAAUAUUGAAUUUUUGAAAAAAAAAAUCAAUGAAAUUGAACUUUUGUAAAACCCAUCCACUCAAUUUCAUCAAUUCUUUGGUAAUUUUUGAAUGAUUUCACUGUUUUUUAGUUUUUAGUUAUUUUUGUACAGUUUUAAAAUUUUAACAAAUUGAAUCUUCAUCAGUUUUGUAUUUUUUACAUGACUUGAGGUUUUAAAAAAAUGAUGAAAAUCUAGCGGGAAGUCUAGCGAUUUUGCUAUAUGGAAUUUAGCGGUUUUUAGCGGUUUUUUAGGAUCAAUCUGGUGGGAUUUUUCAAUAUGGCAUUGGCAACACUGAUUGAACACUAUUGAUUUCAAAUCGUAGAAUAAAUAAAAUAUAAAUAUUGCAUUUUGAUAAUUUACUAAUUACAACUUCGGUUGAAUCCUAGAAUUUUCAUGUCUUAUCAGUUUGACAUGAAAUAUAAAUAGUCGAGAGGUUUCGAGUAAUUGCUCCGAGUUUUCGCUAUUCGCUUUUGACCUGAUAGUUGGAUCGUUCAAAUUUGUGCUUUGAGUCUGUCAGGAAGGAAGAGGGGUAGUUUCGCAAUCGCAAAAAGCAAAAAUAUGAAACCCAACUGUUCGAGUAGGUUUUAUAUAAAUUAUAACAGUGCGGUAGUUGCAAUCGUAAAUAGACAUAUUGUAGGUAAAGGUAACUGAUAAGUUUCGCUUAAGGGACUUUUGAUUGAAAUGAAAAAAACACUCGCUUUUGAUUAGAUGAUAAUGAUAAGUUGACAUUUUUAGCAAUAAAUUUACGUGUAGCACUUCAAUAAUAAUACCUAAUUUUCAACGUUUGAAUUUCCAAACAUUGAAUACGAAUGCAUAAAUUAUUUAUUUUUUUUUAUGAAGUUCUUCUCUUCAUUUCUUAUACUACUCGAAUCUUCAAAUUGUCGAACUCGAAAUGCUAAAUAAUACGAUUUUAUUCAAGUAUCAUCAAAGAAAUAACCCUAAAUUCAUAGGCUACGAAUUUAUAUUUCUUCAUCUGACGAGUUGAUGGAAUCAUAGAACACUUUACGCCUACUUUGAAAAAUUACUGUGAUACUUGAGUCUGUAAACGAGAGAAAUAAUAAAUUUGUUACGAAAGA